GCGAACAGAAAACGCGAAUGAAAACUAACCAUCGAACACUCAAUAAUUGUGUCUAAUAUUUAUUGGAAAUUCCAUACAGUUUUUGUUUACAAAAAGAGGUGCAGAAGUUUUAAGUGGAAAUGUGAAACAAAAAUAGACACUAUUUGGCAAGACAGCUUUUCUUUUUUGGAAUAACAACGAGAGCAGCACAUGUGAGGUGUUGCAGCAGUCACAUCAAACAGCGGAGCAUCUCCCACGGCAGCUGCCGAAUGAUCUAUGAACUGGUGUAUCUGUAUCUUGUAUCUGUGUGUGCUUGCACUCCCACGAUUUUGAGGGGGAGCUCUCUUUUGGUGACAAGAUGGCUGCCAUAAAUCCAUCAACUCGCUGAGUAAAUCACACUCCAAGGCAAAACAAUAAUUAAAGGGCAUAUAAAUACGAUAUAUCGUAUAGAUUUCGAAGAGUAGUAUUUCCGUUACGCACCGACAAAAGGUGAUCAUCACAGAGAGAGAGCGAGGAUAACUUCAAAGAAGGCGCCAAAAACACAUGUUGUGGGGCCCACCAGAAGAAAAGGCAACUGUUGUUAUAUCCAUAAUAAAUUAGAAUACUAGAAGAUCACUGAUCUUCUUCCGGAGAGAGAGCGCAGGAGAGCCCGGGGGGGUUUGUAGACUGGAGAUCAGAUCAGAUGAGGGAGAACCCCAAGCUAAAGUGGAUUUCCGGUGAAUAAAAAACACAUGCGACAAACAGAAUCGGAGUCGGAGUUGGAGUCGGCGUCGGCGUCGGCAUCGGAGUUGCAGUUGUCUGCUGUCGCCUACCCCUUGGCUGGUGCUGCCGCUCCAGAGCGAGUGGCACUUAGGAGGGUGCAGGCCGCUACAAAAGUUACAAAAAUAAAUAUGCUAAAAAUGGAUAUAGACAGUGGCUGGAGUGGAAACAUCAACAGCAGAAGCAGAAGCAGAAACAGUCGCUCGCACAUCAUGAUGAGGGAAAGACUUGUCUGGGCCGUGCUGCUUUUCCUAGUUCUAACGACACCGCCACAAAUCUUUGCUCGACGAUCGCCUGCCAGCUCCCAAGAGCUGCUCAAGGACUACGAUAGUGUGGCAGGUGGCAACCGGCAGAGGAGUCCACCGCCCAACAACCCACCGGAAGCACCAACCGAGGAAACCAAUGGCGAAGAGGAUGAAAAGUCCACGGUGGCAGAGAGCCCCAAGCCGGCCCAGAGACGACCCUACUGGAAGAACCUCAACAAGAUGGUGUCACUGCAGACCAAACCAUCGGGUGCGGUCUUCACACUCAAUUGUCCGGCCCUGGGCAGCCCCGAACUGAAGCUCACCUGGUUCCGCAACGAUACGAGCGAGUGGUCCAGGAGCUAUGGCAAUCUCAAGAAGGCACGCUGGUCCCUCACCAUGGAGGACGUGGUGCCGAAUGAUUCGGGGAUCUACACCUGCCAGGUGUGCAACGAUCUGGGCUGCAUCAGUCAUGCCACCAAACUGAUAGUCAGCGAUCGAGUGAAUCACAAGCCCAUACUGAUCACAGGGCCGGCUAAUCUGACGCUCCUGAUCAACGGAAGCGGGCACAUGAACUGCAAGUAUCUGUCGGAUUUGACCAGCAAAAAGGCCUGGAUCUUUGUGCCCUGCCAGGGGGUGACCAACUGUUCGAAUAACCGCACCAUCUAUGCCCACGAUCUGGACCGGUUGGACUUCGUGAACGUCACCAUGGAGCAGGAGGGCUGGUACACGUGCAUCGAGAGCAACAGUCUGGGCCAGUCGAACAGCACCGCCUACCUGCGUGUGGUAAGGAGUCUGCAUCUGCUGGAGGCCGGCAUGGCCAGUGGCAUGGGCCGGAGCACCGGCAUGACGGCCAUUGUCAUUAUCGUGAUCGGUGUCCUGAUCCUCAUGUGCAUCCUGUUCGGCUACUACGCCGUGCGCAAGAUGAAGCACGAGAAGCUGCUCAAGCAGCGCAUCGAGACGGUGCAUCAGUGGACCAAGAAGGUGAUCAUCUUCAAGCCCGAGGGCGGCGGCGACUCCAGCGGCUCCAUGGACACCAUGAUCAUGCCCGUGGUAAAGAUCCAGAAGCAGCGUACCACAGUCCUCCAAAGCGGCAACGAACCGGCGCCCUUCAACGAAUACGAAUUCCCGCUGGACUCCAACUGGGAGCUGCCCCGAGGACAACUGGUGCUGGGCGCCACUCUCGGUGAGGGCGCCUUUGGGCGCGUGGUCAUGGCCGAGGUCAACAGUGCCAUUGUGGCCGUCAAAAUGGUCAAGGAGGGACACACCGACGAUGAUAUUGCCAGUCUGGUGAGGGAAAUGGAGGUUAUGAAGAUCAUAGGCCGUCACAUCAACAUCAUCAAUCUCCUCGGAUGCUGCAGCCAGAGCGGACCCCUCUAUGUCAUCGUGGAAUAUGCGCCGCAUGGCAAUCUCAAGGACUUCCUCUACAAGAAUCGCCCCUUUGGCCGAGAGCAGGUGGACAGCUCACAGCCGCCGCCAUCGCCUCCGGCGCAUGUCAUCACCGAAAAGGAUCUGAUCAAGUUUGCCCAUCAAAUCGCCCGUGGCAUGGACUACCUGGCCUCGCGUCGCUGCAUCCAUCGCGAUCUGGCCGCACGCAACGUACUCGUCAGCGAUGAUUAUGUCCUGAAGAUUGCGGACUUUGGUCUGGCCAGGGAUAUCCAGAGCACGGAAUACUAUCGGAAGAACACCAACGGACGGCUGCCGAUCAAGUGGAUGGCACCCGAAUCGCUGCAGGAGAAGUUCUACGAUUCGAAGAGCGAUGUCUGGUCGUACGGCAUACUGUUGUGGGAGAUCAUGACCUUUGGGGCACAGCCCUAUCCCACCAUAAUGUCCGCCGAAGAGCUCUACAGCUAUCUGAUGUCCGGCCAGCGCAUGGAGAAGCCCGCCAAAUGCUCGAUGAACAUUUACAUUCUGAUGCGACAGUGCUGGCACUUCAAUGCCGACGAUCGGCCGCCCUUCACGGAGAUUGUCGAGUACAUGGACAAGCUGUUGCAGGCCAAGGAGGACUAUCUGGAUGUGGACAUAGCCAAUCUGGAUACACCGCCCUCCACCAGCGAUGAGGAGGACGCGGAAUCAGAUGCUGAGCAAAUGUUGCGAUAUCAUUAUGUGACGCGAACACCAAAUGAUCAUUGAACGAUCAUUGAGACUUUCAAUUUUGAAACGAUCCUUGCAACGAUCUAUUGUAAAUAUCAAAAAGAAAACAAAAUUGCACCAAAGGCGUAAACCAAAAAUCAAACACGAAUUUAUUAUUAGAAUUACUUUAAAACCCAUAACCAUUAUAUAUUAUAUAUAUAUAGAGAUAGAGCAGAGGGUCAUGCAGCAGUGCCCCUCGGUUUCGCUGUAGAAUUUUAAGUGUAUCUUUAAGUAUCGGUUGUAUUUUCUGUUGUACUUCUAUUCGUACUGAUCUUUGUAGUAUUCUGCAGUUUUAUACACGCAAAAUGGUAAAUUUAAAGAGCUGCAUGCAAGCCCCCUCCCCCUCCCAAAAAAGUGCCUUAUGAAACAAUAAAUGUUGUACGUAUCUGUAUCUGUA